AUGGAAAUUGGGAACGAAAUUAGUCAUAAGAUUCGUUCAGCUAUAAAAGCCAAACUGGUUGAACUUGGGGCUUAUGAAGAUGAAGAGCUUCCUGACUACAUCAUGGUGAUGGUAGCCAAUAAAAAGACACAUGCACAGAUGAAUGAAGAUCUCCAUCUUUUCUUGGGGAGUAGCACAGAAAAAUUUACCUCCUGGUUGCAAACUAUUUUGAACAAGCUAAAAUCCAUCACAAUUGGCAAUCCUUCUGUGAUGAGUGCUGUUGUAAAUCAAGAAGUUGAAGACUCUAACAACAGUAAUAAUAAUAAUGAUGACACUGGGGUACCCGAAUUAUUGGUGCAGACUGAUAUGGAUGAAUUUGAAGAAGAACAAGAAGAAAGCAAUCUCAGUUUAAUUGAAAAAUCCAGUAGCAUUGAAGUUUCACAUUUGGCUGGUACUCCUAUCAAGGAAAAUUUAAAAGGAAAUCUCAAUUUUACUUCUUCUAUUGAUGCAAAUCAUCCUUUCAAUAACAUCAACACAACUCAAAGUCAGCCUACCACCACCACUACUACUACUACUACCACUGCUGCUGGGUACUCAAGUAAUAAGAAACAAUCUCCUCCAUUGCAAAUUGAUUUAAUUGCCGGCUAUUCUGACAAGCAAAUUCCAAAUGCUGUCACAGGUCCUCUCAGUAGCCAGUCACAGGCAAAUGUUCAUCUUGCAAAGGUACACCCUCAUAAUAGGAAACGUCGAAUUCCUGGUUCUGUGAUAGGUUCAGUUAUUCACCAUUCAAGUGGAGAAGAAGAAGAAGAAGAGUAUGAUCCUUACAACCCUUCUUAUGGCUCUGUAGCCAGUGUAGUUCGUGUUACAGAAAGAAAAUCCAGUGUUCCACCAGAACUUCAAGCAAACAAAUGUCUCUUACUCAAAGCUGUCAAGGAAGCACAUAAAUCUUUAGCUUCACAAGAAAAAAGAAAUGCAGAAAAAGCUUUCAUAAAACCAAUGCCUCAGGAAGUUCCAGAAAAACGACUUAAAUUGUCUGAGAAAAUGCACCAAAAACGUUUGUUGAUGUAUUCUCAAUCAAAGAAAACUAACAACCUUUUGCCAAAUAAGGCAGAAGAUUCUUAUGAGAUAAACUAUACUGAAGAUGAUGAACUGAAUACAGCUGAAGAAGAUUCAAGAUUGGUGGAAUGUAAAUUACGUCGUCCACGAAUUGCCAUUUUAAAGCAAGCAACAACACCAUCACUGUUAGAGGGAAGAUUGAAGCUUGUCAGUGAUUCACAAUUAGAUGAUGAUCUUCAGUUGUCAGUUGAAUGUGCUGAUUCAUCCAACUUUGAUGAAGAGGAAACAAAUUCACAAGAGAGCAGUUCCAGAAUUGUCAAAGAUAAAAAACGACAAAAUCCAAAAACACAAUUCAUAGUCACAUUAGAUGGUUUUGAUGACACACAUCUCUCAAAGACUUCUGUUCCAUUCCCAUCAGAAGCUGAAACCAUAGAAACUACAAAUCUUUCUGUUACAUCCUCAAAGUCAUUAUCAUCCAACAUCAGUGAUACAGCACGUGAAGAUGAAGAAAUAGUUAAAAAGAAAAAAGUAACUACUGAAAAAAUUUCUGAAAACUGCAAAUUUUGGCCCUCAUGCCAGAAUGGUGCCAACUGUAAAUACCAACAUCCAAGUGUUACAUGCAGCAAAUUUCCUAACUGUAAAUUUGGUGAUAAGUGUGCAUAUCUGCAUCCAAAGUGUAAAUUUGACACAAAGUGUAAUCGGUUUGACUGUCCAUUUAGUCACAGUCUUUCAAAGUCAACAUUACCACCGCCUCCACUAAUUCUACCAUCACCACCUCCUACAGCACCAACAACUGUUCCUGUAAUACCCACUGCAAUCCCUGUUGUGCGUUAUCGUCCCCCAUGUAAAUUCUUCCCUACCUGUAAAAACAUGAGCUGUCCUUUCAGUCACCCAAAGCCUUGUCGGUUUGGUAUUAGCUGUACAAAAAAGCCUUUCUGUACAUUUUAUCAUCCACCAUUACCAAAGCAGAACCAAUUACGAUGGAAAGCUGAUAAAUCUCUUACGUCUGAAGAUGCUGCUAAUCUUGCUGACCAAAUGGAACUGAAUCUUGAACAGUGGAAUAAUCCAUACAAAGUUGUAAAUACAGCCAAUUCAUAA